UUUGUCCUCAACCGCUGUAAGAAUGUUUACAUUGGAAACUUGAGUUUCCGGGACAGAUCGCAGACACACUUAUCCCUGGAGAGGUCGGUCUGGGUGCUUAUUUCCAACAUCAGCAUAAGGGCCCCUCAGCAGAGCCCCAACACCGACGGAAUGCACUUGCAGCAAUCUAGGUAUGUCUCGAUCGAGGACAGUCACAUAAGAACAGGCGAUGAUUUUGUCUCGAUUGGGGAUGACUCAUCCUACCUCUAUGUCAGGGGGGAUCCUAUGCGACCCAGGUCAGGGGAUAAGCGUUGGAAGUCUUGGCAAAGCCAGAAAGCAUGAGACGGUGCAUGCUGUUAUUGUUAGAGAUGUAAGCUUAGCCGGGACCAUGAAUGGAGUUUGGAUCAAGACAUGGCAGGGAGGCCGUGGAUAUGUUAGAAACAUUCUCUUCGACCGCAUUAACAUGAUUGCAUCUGAUCAUCCCAUCAUCAUCGAUCAGAAUUACCGCGACCACGAGAUCAGGUGCAGAAAUCAAGUAAAGUUGGGCUGUGCAAAUCAAGACGUCAUGUACAGGCACAUUAUGCGGGACGUCCCUUACAGAAAAGGCAGGGCAGAUUAUGUGCAGCCAAAUGCACCCUUGCAGGGACAUCUGUAUGGAGGACAUUAAUUUGACCCUAACAAGGGAGGCAACCCAACCAGUUCUGUCUGCUUGAACAUGGUCCGUGGACACAGAAGCGGCUCUAUCUUCCCCCGAGUGCCUUGCUUGCACAUGGAUGAAUCCUUUAGCAGUAGUCCCAAGGCAUUAAUGGCGAUAUAAGGUUAUGCAUAGUGCAAUGAAAAUGAAACGGUGGAAUGAAUCAGGUUUAGGCUGUAGGUAUGUGCGCUUAGCUAACUAUGCAAUCGACCAAGGUAAAGCCCAAUCUAUAAAUGGCCACUUUGAAAGGUGGAUUUUCCGGAACUAGGACUAACCAGGCAGUCCAACUCCAACUUGAUGAGCAAUAAGCACGUGGCUUGUAAGUUCCAUAAAUUACGAUGGUUAACUUAACUCUCGAUGAUCAAACUUGCUUAGUUCUUUGGAAGGUUUAGCUGAAAGGGGCUGGUGUUCCAUGGAUAUUAAUUUCUCUCCUGUAUGCUAUACGUCAGAUAAGUGAAACGUAGUAUUGCAGAAA